AUGUCAAAAGAUAAGAGAGGUAGGAUGAUUUUUAAUUCAUACGAGUCCGAUAGUGAAGAAAACCAUUCCAAGAGUGUAAAAAAACAUCAUAUAUUAAGUCAUUCAGAGAUGAGUCCGGAAAAUGGUUCAUAUAAAAAAAAUAAAAAUGAGGAAAAAGAAAAAAGUAAACAAAAAUUAAAAAAUGAUCAAAAGAAAAAUUCUAAAGAAAAUAUAAAUUCAUUUAGUUCUCCUAAUUCUGCUAGUAGCCAUUCUGAUACAAAUAAUCUUAACGAAAUUUUGUCCAGUGGGUCGACGUCGAACAGUGAUAACGAAUUCAAAAUUUUGAAAGAAGAAGAAAAUGAAGAUAAAUUUUUAGAAGAGAGAAGGAAAAAAAGAGAAGAAAUAAAAGAGAAACUUAAAAGUUUAGCUAACGAAAACGCUAACAGAAGUAAUAUUAAUUCCCAAAAUGAUGAUAAUAAUAAUCAUAAUAAUAAUCUGAAUAAGGAUAAACAGAAUGAUGAUAGUAGCAAAGACAAAACAAAAAAGGAGGAGGAAAGUGAAAGUGUGUUAUCAAAUUUCAAUAAAAAUAAUUUAGUAGAAGGUAUAAAUGAAAUACCUUCUAUGCUGGACGAUAUGGAGCAAAACGAUGCAGCGUGUAUAUUUGCUCCUAACAAGGAGGUUAUGGAGGACACUUGCUCUUCCUUAUCAUCUGACCACGAAGUAAUAGAGGAAAAGCCAAGCAAAGAAAAAAACGAAUUAGUAAAAGAAGCAAAUGAUUUAUACAGUGAUUUAAAAAAAAAAAUUGAUGAAGAGAAAAUAAAAAUUAGAGCCUUUAUAAUUAAGCAGAAGGAGUUACACGAAAGAAUCAAAAUGAACAUUGAAGAAGGUACUUUUGGGCAUAAGAGCAAAGAGAGCAUAUCAGCAAACAAACAUCUAAUGACUAAUAAGUAUAUCAACAUGGAAGACAAAGAAGACAUUGAAAAUGAAGAUGUAGAUAUGUUUUCAAGUGUCCAGUCAAAUAAAAAAAGAAAAGUAGAAAAUAUUCAUAUAACGGACUAUUAUACGUCUAGCAAUGCAAAUUUGUCUGAUAACUGGAAUGACUCAGAGGGAUACUAUAAAGCUAUCGUUGGUGAAGUAAUCGACAGCAGAUACAGUGUUGUAUGUGAACUAGUCGGUAAAGGCGUUUUUUCAAAUGUUUUAAAAUGUUAUGACAUGGUCAGCAAAAUACCAGUGGCCAUUAAAGUUAUUAGAGAUAACGAUAUGAUGAGAAAAGCAGCGGAAAAGGAAAUAUGCAUCCUAAAAAAAUUAAACGAGUAUGACAAAGAUAAUAAAAGACACAUCGUUCGUUUGUUAAGAAGUAUUAAAUACAAAAAUCAUUUAUGUUUGGUUUUCGAGUGGAUGUGGGGAAAUUUAAGGAUAGCUCUUAAAAAAUAUGGAAAUGGAUAUGGGCUAAACGCUACAGCCGUUCACUGCUACACGAAACAGCUAUUCAUAGCAUUGAAGCACAUGCGCAAGUGCAGAAUAAUGCACGCCGAUUUAAAACCGGAUAAUAUACUCAUUAACGAAAAAUUUAACGCACUAAAGGUAUGCGACUUAGGGAGCGCAAGUGAUGUAUCCGAAAAUGAAAUUACGUCUUAUUUAGUUAGUAGAUUUUACAGAGCUCCAGAAAUUAUUUUGGGUUUUCGGUAUGAUGCACAGAUAGACGUGUGGUCAGCAGCAGCCACUGUUUUUGAGCUAGCCACUGGAAAGAUACUAUUCCCCGGAAAAUCAAACAAUCAUAUGAUAAAAUUAAUGAUGGAAUAUAAGGGAAAAUUUUCACACAAAAUGAUUAAAGGAGGUCAAUUUUAUUCUCAACAUUUUAACGAAAAUUUGGAUUUUAUAUUUGUUGAUAGAGACUAUUAUACUAAAAAAGAAGUAGUCAGAGUAAUUUCGGAUUUGAGACCUACCAAAAAUAUUACGUGCGAUUUGCUGGAGCAUCAGUAUUGGCUGAAAGGAAAUAGUCCAAAGAUGCAAUUUUUAAAAAAAAAAAUAAAGCAGUUGGGAGAUUUGUUAGAAAAGUGUUUAAUGCUAGAUCCGUCUAAACGAUAUACCCCAGACCAGGCUUUACAACAUCCGUAUUUAAGGGAAUCAAUUCAUUUUUCGAAAACGCAAAAUGAAUAA